UUCAAUUCCUCCCGAGGAAUCCUUCAAACCCGCGCAUGGAUAUAAACGCGCGGGCGACCGGCUCCAUUCCCCCCGCCGCCACCGUACGUCGCCGAUCGACGGAGAUCGCCUCACCACCUAUUUGCCGCGAGCUAGAGCGACGGAGCGCGCGAUGUCGUCGUCCUGGUUCACCUCGUCCUCCAAGAACGGCGCCCGGGAAGAAGAAGAGCUAGGAGGCUUGGCGCUGGAGGUGACCGUGCUGUCAGCGGAGUCGCUCCGCCUGCCGCCGUCCUACUCGCCGCUGCCACGCCGGCUGCGGCCCUACGUGGCGGUAUCGACGUCCGCCGACUGCUCCAGCACGGACGUAGCAUCGUCGUCGUCCGCGGGUGGCCAGCACUCGUGGGACGGCGACGCGCGCCUCGUGGUGCCCGUGGGCGCGGGGUUCCUGGAGGGCCGCGACGACGUGCGCGUGGCGCUGUUCUCGGAGUCGGGAUGCGCGCGGCGGCUCGUGGCCGGGGGCGACACGCCGCUGGGCUGGUGCCGCGUCCCCGCCGCCGACGUCCUCGACGGCCUCCGCCCGCCCCGCGCGCUGCGAAGGCUCAGCUACUCGCUCCGUUGCCCCCGCAGCUUCGGUUCCGGCCACGGCGUCGUUCACCUCGCCGUGCGCGUCAUCGGGGACGUCGAGGUCGUCCGCGCAGCCCCGCCCGCGCAGCCGGGGUGGUGCCGCGUGGCCAUGGGAAUACCGGUCUCCGGCCCCUCUGCCGCCGCCGCGGCCGUGGUCGGCACGCCGUCGCCGUGGUCGUGGAGCGAGACGUCGCGGUGAGGAGGCGCGCGGCGGCGGCGGCGGCGGCGGCGGCGACAGCGAACAACUAGCGCGGCCGCGGAAAAGCGGUAGAAUUUGCGCACGGCGAGCAGGUAGCUGCCAGCCGGGAAGACGAAAGCGAUGGGCGAUUAGUCAAACUAGGUGUACCUGGCGAGGAAGAUGUCCGUGCUCCGAUGAUUCCUCGCACCUACGUCUACGUGCGCGCGUGAGUAGAUUAGAAGAUUUGACGUGCUGCCUUCGGUGCCGGCCGGCGGCGCGCGCGCGCGGGGUGCUUGAUCGAGACCGACCGUGACGUGACGGCCGGUGUAUAUAUACAGUACGUCUUUGAGGGAAGGUUCGGCAUCACUGCAGGAAACCAAUUCUUUGUUCUGUAUCAAAAAUACUUAGCUUAUUAUGGCAAUAAAGCUCGCCAAAGCUUUGGCCGAAUGUUACACUCAGCAAAGCUUAGUUGGCAAAGAUCGUGUCGG